AUGUCAGAGACUCAACCUCCCCCCGAAAGGGAAAGGGAGCGUCUAGGAGUGGGAGCUGCGGGCAUCUUGGAUCUUAAAGCAGCACUAUACAAGGAGCAGCAGGAGGCUCAGCUCACGAAAGAGGACCCAGCAGCUGCUGCAGCGCGCAGGUCACGGCGCACUGCUGGCAUUGACCUGUCAAAGCAUGCGAGGAAGAAUGCUGGGGUUGAGGAGCGAGAUCGCUAUGACAGGGAGCACAUCAAGACACCAGCAGCUCGUUUGGCUGAAAGCUACUCUGCGUUGGAGCGGAAAGCGCGGCUGUAUGACAAACUGGCAUCUGGGCAGCAUGACGACGAGGAUGAGCUGUACAAUGUGGACUUUGUGCGCAAGGGCACCCUCGAUGAUGAGGGGCGGGAGAUGGAGUCUUAUGCCCAUGAAGACACAGCGUCGCAUGCUCCUGUUGAUAGUGCUGCAGCAGCGACAAGAAAGGGAGGCAUGACGAGUGCUGACAUGGAAAUGGAGCAGCAACGGAGGCAAUGGGAGGAGGAUGAAUGGAGUGAGCUGGAGCAGAGAAAGCGCGAGGAGGCUCGCAGGGAUGACAAAAUUGAGGCUCUGGAGAGGAUAGAGGAAGAAACGCAAGAGCUACGGGAGCGCUUGGCCAGGAAAAGGGAACAGAAAGAGGUGCAGGCUCAGCAGCAGCGAGAAAGGAUCAAAGCUGCAUUCUUGAAAAGGCAGGUGGCUGAGAGGAUUAAGGCAGCAGCCAAGCAAAAAGCACAGGGUUGA